UUAGUUUAUAUAUUUGUAUUUCUAAUUUUACUAUUUCUUAAUUAUUAUAAAAAAUUUACAUUAAUAUUUUAUUCACCAUGGUGACGAAUAUAGCGAGGUUAUAUUGAUCUCUAAAAGAUGUUUAUUUCUAGUUAUUAAGAUAGUGUAAAAUAGAGAAUCAAAUUUAAAUUUCAAAAAAUGUAUAUACGACAAAUUUCAUAUAAUAAAAAUAAAUUAAUUAUUUUUUAUUUCUAAUUUUUAUAUCUAUCUGUUAAUAUACUAUAAAUUUCAUCGUAAAAUUUAUAGGCAAUGACAGAACAUAAAGGUACAUCUUUUUACAAUUCUUGUGUGAAAGUUCCUAUAAAUCCUUGUAAUAGGCAACCGACUCCUUCUUAUGAACGUCUUGAAUCUAAAAAGAAUAAAGAAGAUAAUGGUCUUUAUAAUAAAUAUAGCAUGAAUUUUAUAAAAAAUGAUCAUUUUGUUACUGAAUGUAAGAUAUCAAAUUCUACAGAAGAUAUGGAUAUUUUUUUAGAAUUUCUAGAUAGUAUACCAGAUUAUGGUCAAGUUUAUCAUUUAUCAAAUGAGCAGUUUAAACAAAAAGUAGAUUAUUUAAAAAGGAACAAAAAUUAUUAUUAAAAAAUUUACAAAAUUCUCUGGUCGAUCAUGAAAAUAUAAAUGAAUCUAAAUUUUCAGUAUCUAAUCAAAAAUUAAGGUUCAAAAAUAAAAAUGAUAUUAAUGAUUUAACAUUGAAUGGUAAAAAGUGUUAUUUAGAAGAAUCUUCUAGUCCCAGUCCAUUACUUUUUCUUUCUAGUAAACUUAAUGAAAAUGAAAUCUCAGAAGAUCAGGAUUUCUUAACAAAUAGGUAUAUAUGAUUAGGUAGAAGUGAAUUUCUUUUAUCUAAUUAUGGCUGCAAUUGUGUUACCAUUUUUAAAUGUAGUAGAAGAGAUAAGGAAAAUGGAACUGAAUGUAAGGAGAAAAUAUAUUUGAAUAAUAAAAAUUGGAAUACGUACAAUAAGAUAAAUACCAAUGAUAAUAUUGAAAGUGAUAUAGACAAUGCAGAAACAAGGAGCUUACCAGCCAAUAUUGCAAAAGAAUGGCAUCCUACUGUACCUAAGCCAUUUAAUUUUACUUUAAGGGAGGAAGCAGAAAAGCAUAUGAAACAUAUUAAAAUGGAGGAACAAAAAUGUAAAAAUGUGAGAAAUAAUAAAAAGAAUUUAUGUAGAAAACGACGUGUAAGAUCAAUUCCACUUACGUCAAAAAUUCCACUUUAUGAUAAAUUAUUGGCUGAGAAAGAAGAACGAAGUCGUAUAAUUCGUGAAGAAAGUGCCUUAAAUUUAAUGUCUCAAGUACGUCCUUUUAAACUCGAAUGCGAUCGUCGAGCUUGGAGGUUUUUAGCAAGAUCCAGCCCAGAAAUUCGUAGUAAAAAUGUUAAUGUGAGUACAAAAUUUAAAGCUAAACCAGUACCAAAAAAUCUUUUUAGUACAGAAAUAUAUGAUCGUAUGCUUGAAGAUGAAUAUGGCAGACAAUUACAGAAACGAUUAAGAGCUGCGCAAUUAAUGAAAUCAUCAUCUUUACCUCCGUCGAUGGCGAGACGAGAACGAAUCAAAUCUGCGUGCACACGUUUACAAAGUACAUUUAAAGAUUUUAACAAAAAUAUUGAAAAUAAAAAUGUUUCGCAAAUGUCAAAUAAUAAUUCAAUGCCAUUAGAAAGAUGUAAAUCUAUGAUGCCACUUUUGCCUAUACGAGGAAAUAAUUUAGCAGCAAUUUUAAGAUGUCAAGUAUCACGAGAAAAAUUAGAACGUGAAAUAAGGGAAAAAAUGGAAGAGAGGCGGCGAGAACAAGCUGUAAAAAUUAGACAAUCUUUGAUUGGACGUAAUCCAGUAUGGCGCGCUUUGAGAUCCGCAGUGAGGCACGAACACGAAAGAGAUCUUAAUAUUCGAACUUUGCUUCGUCGUGAUGAAGCGCGUGAACAAGCGGAACGUCAUCGAUUACAAAUGGAAAUGAUGUUGGAUCGUGUAACACAAAUACCAACUCUUUUCGAACGUCAUUCUCAGAAUUAUCAAUCAUUGACUCAGACACAACAGAAUGUUAAUAAUUCAAAAAUAUCACAACAAAGAAAAAAGAAGAAAGAAUUGAGUACUAUGAAUUCAUAUAUAAAUUACGAAAAUAUUUCUAAAUCAGAUUCUGAAUCUCUAACUAAUUCUUCGGAUAGUCCCUUAUCAAAUCAAUCUUUAAAUUCAUCAAAUACAUCUAUAUCACAAAUUUCUGAAAAAUCGAUAAGUAAAUCUCAAACUUUACUUUCAAAAAAGAAAGCUAAUCGCAGCCAGUUAAAAGUUUCAAUAAAGGAGACUGCAGAGCUUAUCGAAGAUCAAAAUGAAAGCAAAAAAUUGUGCAAUAAUGAAUAUUUAAUUUCUAAUGAUGAUGAUAAAAAUACAUUGCAUAAUGAACACAAUACAGAGAUAAUUACUGAUGUUCAUUAAAUAAUUAUUUGAUUAAUAUUUACUUAAUCACAAUUCAUUGUAAAGAGAUAACGAAAAGAUAUCCAAAGAACUUUAAAUUA